AUGAAUUUAAAUAAUCAAACUUCUCUAGAUCAUUCUGAUUUACCAAUGUAUCAAACUGAAAAUAACUUCGCACCUUUACAUAUUAACAACGACCAACACACUUCCAUUAACACCGCCGUAGAAAUGUCUAAUACUAGUACUACAACUCCCACACUUCAAAACGAUACAUUUGAAUUUUACUUUCCUUUACCAAACGAUACACGUAUCUAUCACGUUACAUAUCAAUAUACUGAAUUACACCCAUUAGAAAAUGCCCGACGCUUGAAUAAUAGUAUUAAUUUAUCUCGUAUUCCUGGUCAUGAGUUUCCACUGCAUAAUAACAUGCAUUCUCUAAUUCAACAACAAAUUCAACAACAAUUCCAACAAGUCCAACAACCCGUUUAUCAACAAAACAGUAUUCAACAAAAUUUUUUUGAUACUAAUAUUCAAUCUACUUCCCAAGUAUAUUCGGAUAGUAACGACUCCUAUAAUACGGCUUCAAAUUCAGUAAGCGAAACUAUUUCUGAUAAAAUCCAAGUUACAGGAUUUCAGAAUUCCUAAGAAUCAGACCCCAUUAAUAUAUUUAAGAUGAAAUAAAUUUUUUUUCUUGAGUUUUAAUUUACUCCUUGUUUAUUAAUGUAUUUAAAUUAAGCUAAUAUUAUUUAGAAUAAUUAAGAAUCAAUAUUUUUAAGAUAUUCCUUUUAAU